AUGGACAACCUCGCACGCCACUACAAGCGUCGGUAUCAAGAGGCCCUUGACCACGCAACAGCAGGGAGAAAGGACGUGGCUUUGACCAUCUGCUGGGAACUCCGCCUCGAACCUCGUAUUGGUGUCUACCGUCGAGCCAUGGUCAACCUCCUUAUCGCCCAGCUCCUCCAGUUUGGUCAACUGAAAUACGCGGAAGAAUGCCUCGAUCUGCUUGACAUCGUCCGGCAGGACAACAACGGUGAGGUCAGCGACAAUAUCAAGAACGUUAUUGCCAUCGCGGAGGGCCUCAUUGAAGAACUCGAGGUCAAGCAACAGCAGACAGCUACGACUCCGAAGGCAAGAGCAGCUCUCCCAGAUCCUUCCGCCGGCCUCCUGUCCGGUCCACCAUCGAGUCCCCCUGUUACAGUCCAGCAGGGCACUGCCAACAAGGCCAAAGGAGACAAGGACGGACGGAUCGUCUAUGUUUACGAGACCGACAAUAAUGACAAGGAUGACGUUGUUGCGGACCGCAAUAACACUGUCCAAAUCGAGGGUAUGCUCGGAGACAGCAGGUACAAGCAUAGGGUCAAGAAGGCUUCGGCCAUGCCAUCUCGUAAGGUUCCUCCGCAAUGCCACAGGACCGACUAA